AUGUUUUCCCUUUGGUGGAUAUUAACGGUUGAGGGAAGGGUGAAAGGCCCUGGCACCAAGGUAUCGAGUGAUAUCAGCGAAUGCACCCACCACAUGAGUAGUCCCAAUGUCAAACUGAGUUAUCGUCGUAUAUAG